AUGGAAGAAGAAGAAGAAGUUGUGGCAAAUUACUUCAAUUGUGUACAGAUUGUUGUUAAUCAAAUGAGAAUAAAUGGUGAAUCAUUAACUGAAGUGGAGAUUAUUGAAAAGAUUCUUAGAACAUUAACACAAAGAUCUAAGAAUGUUCAAAGAGAGGAUGAUGAAGCUCAAAUGACAGCUGAGGAUUCAGACUCAGAUAAGGUGUUGUUAAUGGCUACAACAAAAUCAGAUGAUGACUGCCUAAAGCAGUGGUACCUUGACAUCGGUUGUUCAAAUCACAUGACUGACCAUAAAGAUUGGUUUGUAAGCAUUGAUAAGAAGGUGAAAAGGGAGAUCAGAUUUUCAGAUAACAGUUCAGUAACUGUAGAAGGAGUAGGAAAAGUGUUGAUUCAAAUGAGAGAUGGUACACAAUCAUUCAUAUGUGAUGUGUUGUAUGUGCCAAACAUGAAGAACAAUUUGCUAAGCCUUGGACAAUUGCUUGAAAAGGGGUAUUCUAUGAAGAUGGAGUAA